CUCCUACAACACUUGUCCCAUUUCUCUCUCUCUCUCUGAAAUGGAAGGGAAAGUAAAAAAUGCAUUUUUCUCUUCCUUAUUGGCGGUGUUUCUCUGUGUCAACACCGCUUCCGGUGACCCAUUUCAGUUCCAAACCCAUACUCUAGUCCUCCGUUCCCUCCCCCACACACCACCCACACUCGCUUGGCCCGAAUCCGAGACCAAAGGGUCGGAACCGGAUUCCUCCACUAACCUUUCCUUUCAACUCCACCACAUAGACUCUCUCUCCUUCAACAAAACCCCAGAACAACUCUUCCACCUUAGGCUCCAAAGAGACUCUGCCAGGGUCAAAACCUUCACUUCCAUUGUUUCAGCAGCUCUCAACAAAACCCAAGUUCCCGGAUCCGGGUCGGGUUUCAGCAGCUCCGUAAUUUCGGGUCUCGCACAGGGAAGUGGCGAGUACUUCACGCGCCUGGGCGUGGGCACGCCCCCGAGGUACGUGUACAUGGUGCUCGACACAGGAAGCGACGUCAUUUGGCUUCAGUGCGCGCCUUGCAAAAAAUGCUAUUCCCAAACCGACCCGGUUUUCGACCCGUCAAAAUCCAAGUCCUUCGCUGGAAUCCCCUGCGGGUCCCCCCUCUGCCGCCGGCUGGACUCGCCGGGAUGCAACCAGAAGAAUGCUUGCCAGUACGAGGUCUCCUACGGCGACGGUUCCUUCACCUCCGGCGACUUCUCCACCGAGACGUUAACGUUCCGACGCACCGCCGUGUCGCGCGUGGCCCUCGGCUGCGGCCACGACAACGAGGGCCUCUUUGUCGGCGCCGCCGGUUUGUUAGGUCUGGGCCGUGGCGGAUUUUCUUUUCCUAGCCAAACCGGAAACCGGUUCAACCAGAAAUUUUCUUACUGUUUAGUGGACCGAACCGCUUCCGCUAAACCGUCUUCGGUUGUUUUUGGUGACUUGGCCAUCUCGCGAACCGCCCGGUUCACCCCUUUACUCAAGAACCCUAAGCUUGACACCUUUUAUUACGUUGAGCUACUAGGAAUCAGCGUGGGCGGUGCGCCGGUUCGCGGCAUUUCGGCUUCGCUUUUUCGGCUCGACCCGACCGGGAAUGGCGGCAUUAUUAUCGACUCGGGUACGUCCGUGACUCGGCUAACUCGCCCUGCUUACGUGGCGCUUAGAAAUGCUUUUCGGGUUGGGGCGGCACAUUUGAAGCGGGCACCCGAAUUCUCGCUUUUUGACACGUGCUUUGAUCUUUCGGGUCUGACGGAGGUUAAGGUUCCCACGGUGGUGCUGCACUUCCGGGGUGCUGACGUGUCAUUGCCCGCGGCCAAUUAUCUGAUUCCGGUGGAUACCAGUGGGAGUUUUUGCUUUGCGUUCGCCGGAACGAUGAGUGGGUUGUCCAUUAUUGGGAAUAUUCAGCAGCAAGGGUUCCGGGUCGUGUAUGACUUGGCCGGUUCUCGGGUCGGGUUUGCCCCGCGGGGGUGCGCAUGAGUGAGUGAAUGUCAGUUAGGGACAAACUCUUUCUCAUGUUUUUUACUUAAAAAAAGAUUAUUGGCUUAUUUUAAUUUAUGUGGAAUUAAUAGAGAUUAGAAAAGGUAGAUGAAUAUGUUAA